AUGGAAAUUGUUGAUUCGGUAGCUUCGGUUGAUGUUGUUGACUGGAGAUCUCUCGAAGGUGGUCAAUGGUUAACUGCAGGUGCAAUUGAUGCUUGUGUGAAGUAUUAUUGUAAAAACAAAUUGACGGUUGAUAAAAGAAUGAAACAAAAGUUUUUAUACGUCAAUGCUACUUUAAGUUCAACUAUAUUGAAUAAACCAAAUGAUGUAACAGCCGACUGUCAAUUAAUGGAAUAUAGUUUUAAAGAAAACAUAAUAUUUUUCCCAUUUAAUGUUGAUAACACACAUUGGGUAUUAUUUAUAUGUGAUUUUUCAAAUAAAAAAAUUACUUUUUGUGAUCCUUUUUGUGAGAACAUAUCAGGAGCAUUUAUAAAAAAAAUUGGCCUACAUUUUUGGAAGUUAGAAAUAUGUAUUGUCAAGAAUUUAUAG